AUGCAAUCCUCCAUUCGACUUCUGUCGACCUCCUCUUCAUCUCAUUUCAAAUGGUCAAGAGCGCAAAGAUGGUGGACCGUAGCUUUACCUGCUUCUGCAGUUGGACUUGGCUUGACGAUCUACUUGCAGAGCGCGGUCAAGGCAGAAUCGGACGAACCUGAAGACGCAAAGUCAAGCCCGCACGAGCACGAAGAUUCCAAGGCGUUCGCACCCUCCGUCGAAGCGCUGGACAAUGAGCCAUCCGCCCAUCUCAUCAUCCGCAUUCUUAGUUCCAUUGGGUCGACUCUGAACAUUUACAUCAUAGAGCCACUGGGCACCACCAAGAGAUUCGUUGUGCUUUUCUGCUUGUUCAUGCCAGUCCUUUUGACCAUACCCAUGAUUUGGGUGGGAAGCAGGAAGAAAAAGGGACCUUUGGGAAGGAGGAGAAGAGUCAGAAAGGACGAAGAGGGUCAGAGAUGGGGCGCUAUUUGGUGGUACGGCUUCCUGGUCAAGCAGAUGGAGAGAGCAGGUCCCACAUUCAUCAAGCUCGCUCAAUGGGCCGGCUCGAGGCGAGACUUGUUCCCCGAAGAGCUGUGCAUGCUGCUCGGCAAGCUGCACAGCAACGGCAAGGCGCACUCAUUCGCAUACACCAAGAAGGUCAUCGAGCGCGUCUUUGGCAAGCCUUUCGAUGAGAUCUUUGAGGAGUUCCCGCACGAGCCUUUGGGCAUCGGAGCUGUGGCACAGGUGUACAAGGCGAAGCUCAAUCCGGAGCUCUUGCCCCCCGCUUACCUGACGGAAAAGCGAGAAAGGGCGCGAUCUACAGAAGUGUCUCGACAGCUCGCGCUGACUUACGAGGAUGACUCGGCGCCGCCCGCAGUGCCUACCGCAUCGGUAGCGAUCAAGGUUCUUCAUCCCAAGGUUCACAGGACGAUCAAUCGGGACAUCAAGAUCAUGUCCUUCUUUGCCAACCUCAUCAAUCUCAUCCCCGGCGCCGAGUGGCUCUCUUUUCCCGAAGAAGUCGAUGUCUUCGCUUCGAUGAUGUUCAGCCAGCUGGACCUGCGAAACGAGGCGAAACAUUUGAGGAGGUUUGAAGAUAACUUCAAAAAGAGGAGAGCUGCAGUCUCGUUCCCCAGACCUCUCUUCGAGUUCAGCACGCGCGAAAUCCUUUUCGAGGAGUACGAAGAUGCGCUUCCACUGAAGCACUUUUUGAACUUGGGUGGAGCUGCGUUCGACCAUCGUAUCGCUACGCUUGGUCUGGAUGCUUUCUUGAACAUGCUCCUGAUCGACAAUUUCACGCACGCGGAUCUGCACCCUGGAAACAUCAUGAUCAAGUUCUACAAGCCGACAACCUCUUCCAUGCUGCACGACCUCUUUUUGCGCAUCCUGUCUCGAUUUGACUCGGACUAUGCCAGAGGAGCGAAGAAGGGAGCACCUUCGGCGGAUGAUCAGGUGGAUCAGAGCGUCGUUGAGCGAUUGAGACCGCUUAAAAACGAUGCAGAGGCGUGGCUGGAUGAAUUGGAAAGGCUGGAUGCGCUUGGUUAUCAGCCCGAGUUGGUACUCAUAGACGCCGGCUUGACGGUGGAGCUGACUCCUCUGAACAGGCGAAAUUUCUUGGACUUGUUUGGAGCGGUGGCGGAAUUUGAUGGAGCGUUGGCUGGAAGGUUGAUGGUGGAAAGAUGCAGAAGUCCGGAUCUGGUGAUUGAUGAAGAGACGUUCGCGCUCAAGAUGCAGGAUCUGGUCUUGAGCGUCAAGAGCAAGACGUUUAGUCUGGGCAAAAUCAGGAUCGGAGAUGUGCUCAGCAACGUAUUGCAGAGUGUGAGGAAUCACCAUGUCAAGAUGGAGCCGGACUUCGUCAACACCGUCAUUAGCAUUUUGCUGUUGGAGGGUAUCGGCAGGUCGUUGGAUCCCAAUAUGGACCUUUUCCAAGCCGCGUUGCCCAUCUUGCGCGGUGGCUUGCGCACAGCAGAUGCAAAGACCAUGAUGACGCAUCGUCCUGACAUGAAGCACUUAGGACCUAUGCUCAAGAUCUGGCUUUGGAUGGAGGCGCGAUCAUGGAUCACCGCGCUUGCCGACCCUACCCUCGUCAACGGUUUCACCCGCUAUGGUUGGCUGUCGGGCGACUAG